AGCUGCACCGAUCAGGAGCCGGGUACCUCUUCUUGGUCUCCCAUGCAGGUGCAGGGGCCCAAGCACUUGGGCCGUCCUCCACUGCUUUCACAGGCCACAGAGAGAGCUCAGUCUCUCUCGUUCGGUGGUUGUUGAUGCCUGGUAGCUUGCGCUUUGUGCCUCUUAUGAGUCAAGUUGCUUUGUUUCCUUGGACAAGACUGUCCAAGGCUGUCUGGGAAGCGUGUGGUGGGUGCCCAGGCAGCCUUGGCCUUGCGGUGAUGUCUGAGUGGUGCACGUUUUGUAGCUGCUGUAGUGGGAAUUCUGAGUGGAGAUGUUUUCCUGGGCUAGCACUGUGUGGUCCCAUCCUCUCGUGACGCUGGAUGUGGCGACAGCCACAGUUUGCGGGUCGGGGGGAGCCACUGAUGCUGCCCAGCUAGUUGUGCAGUGGGUCGGGGUGCUUGGUGUGUUGGGGGACAUUAUCCAUUGUAAAUUGAGGCAUUGCUUCCUCUUGGUUAAUGCUCCCUUAAUAAGCAUGCCUGACUUGAUUUCCCAGCUUCUCUGUGGCUGUGCCGAGGCCUGGCUCUGGGGGUGGUCUCCGUGGCAGCAGCACUGGCACUGAGUCUGCGUGUGUGUGACAGCUGAGCAGCCCCAGCCCGUGCCCCCUGCGACCUCGUCUUCCAUGCCAUGUUCCAUUUCUGAAGACGAGGGGGUUUAGGGUUCUGCUGUUCCAGGCUGCAGGGGAUGUGUUUGGGGUUAGCUGAAGGACAGUACCGUCAGCCUUCUCACUGCAGACUUGGGGCUGGUGGCAGACGGAUGGCCAGGACUUGGCGCACACCCAGGCCAGCCCUUGACUGCCACCCCCUGCUGUCAGCAGCCUCCUUCGUAUGCAGCUUCUGUGUUCACCCAGGCUGGGGGCACACCUCCCAGUGCUGCAGGCUUUGCCAAACGUCCUCCACCUCUGAGCUGCCCUGUGUUCGUGACAGGAAACCCAGUCCUGCUCUCCUGCAAGCAGGAGGCCGAUGAACAGGGGUUUGCUGAUGGUCAUUACUGACCCUUGUUCAGGUCCAUGUCUGAGCGUCGCCCAGGUGAGCGUCUGGUGUCCACGAGGAGCUGUCUCAGGUUGCCAGGGUGCCAGGGUUGUGACCUGUCCACAGGCACUUGGCGUGGGAGCAGACAGACCCACAGCCCCUGUUGGGUUCCGGGCCUGAGACCAGCGAGGCCCCCUUGGCUUCCUGUGGGGUUCGUCUCUGGAAAGCCCCGUUGUUGCUGAUUUGGCUUAUUUAGCCUCUAGGGGCACACGUUGCAGUUAAGGGAGAAAAUUGCUGUUUUGCCCCACCGAGUCUCUAAACACAAGGAAAGCAAAGAUGAUAGGUUUUUUAUGCCUGUUUCUGUAAAAGCUCUUCUGAUUUAGAAAAUCAAAGGCUGUGUGUGAGCUCAGGAUUUCUGCUUCAGACAGGCCUUUCCCAAGCGGAUGUUUAGUUUUGCAGGGAGCUGGCAUCUGUGACACCCUGUAAGCAGGCUGUCCUGGCUCUGCACGGGCAGUGGAGGUGCCGGGCUGCAUAGGCGCCUGCCAGAUCCAGGUUGCUCCUGUGUCAGGAGGUGACUGCCAUGACAGCAUUGAGGAUCAAACAGGGUGUGGUCCCAUACAGAGGGGUGAGCUUUAGAAGGCAGGACCCCUGGCUCAGCAGGUGGGGGGAGCAUAGGCCAGUGCUGGGAGCCCAGGAAGAGUGAACAUUGCGUCGUCCCACUGAGUCACGGCCCAGCCUGGUGAGUGAAUGAGUGCGCGUCUGAGACGGCCCCAGGAGGUGCAGCAAACAUGGCCGUUUGCUCCCUGGUCAUGAGGAACCUUGCAGAGGGUGCUUUGUGUGCUGUCGUCUCUGUGAGUCUGUUGGGUUUGGCAUUUAAGUUUGCACUUGUCUCCAACUGGUGAUGUUUGGGCUGUUGUACCUCCACGAGAAGCACGGCCCCAUGGAGUGGGAAUUCACAAGGACCUUGCAGUCACAGCCCAGUGGUGGCGGGGCUGCCCGCAGGCAUGCUGUUCCCUGCGAGGUUCCUCUGCCCUGGGUUCCUGCCAGUGUUGAGGGGUCAUGGUUGUAAUGCUGACUUGGGAAGAACUGAGGGACACCCGGGCAGCGGGCAUCCCUAGGGUGGGUGUGUGCAGCCCCUUGGUGGAACACCUGCUCUCAGGCCCUGGUGCAGUUGUCAUGAUGUGGCUCUUGCCUCUGUCCCUUGAGCGUUCCAGGCCCUUGAAGACAGGAGUUCUGAGUCCCCCCGGAUGCCCUGGCACAGGCGGCUGGAAGCCUAGGCUGUGUCACAUGCAUGUGGUUUUGGCUGGGCUGAGAAGCAGAUCAGCAGAUUCCCAGUUAAAAGCUUUUCGAGGGGCCAGUGCUGUGGUGCGGCGGGUUAAUGCCCUGGCCUGCAGUGCUGGCACCCCACAUGGGCACAGAUUUGAGACCCGGCUGCUCCACUUCCGAUCCAGCUCUGUGCUGUGGCCUGGGAAAGCAGCAGAGGAUGGCCCAAGUGCUUGGGCCCCUGCACCCACGUGGGAGACCCAGAAGAAGCUCCUGGCUCCUGGUUCCGGAUCGCCAGAGCUCCGGCCAUUGUAGCCAGUUGGGGAGUGAACCAGCGGAUGGAAGACUCUCUCUGCCUCUCCUCUCUGUUUAACUCUGACUUUCAAAUAAAUAAAUCUUAAAAAAAAAAAAAAAAAAGAAACGAUGAAAGGAAGAAAGGAAGGGAGGGAGGAAGGAAGGAAGAAAGGGCUCUGUAAACUAGCUGGAGCUCUAGGGCUUUAGGGGUGGGGGAGGCCUGCCCCCUCCUCCCCCUCCCCCUCCCACGUGUGCCAUCUGAGAGCCUGCUUCCCUGAAGCCCAAAGUGGCUCCUGAUCUGUGCUGGGCUCUGAUCAGGCCCUGCUUGCAGAGAGCUGCAAGGGUCCGAGCUGGCAGCAAGGAAGGCACGAGGCUCUCUCCCUCGCCAGCCUUGGGUCUGUCCGCCUGUGCAGGAGGGACAGCUGUGGAACAAGCCCCCUUCUCGUCCUGCCACCUGUGCCGCCUCCUGAUCCCUGCAGACCCCAGGUAUCAGGUGAUCAGGGCUCAGUCUCAGUCUUGGCUUUCAUUGUUCCUUGAUGUCUGACUUAGGGCAGGAGAGGCACUGAUUGUUUACACACGUGUUGUUCUUGUGCCCCCGUCCCCCCAGGGCAGAGCUCUUCCUGGUUCUCCCCAGAGAGAGCCUCUGCUUCCAGGUCCACGGGUGCCUCCUGCAGGCGGAAGCUCCCGCACGUGUGCUGCUGUCCGGCUCCUGGAGCCCAGCAUGCUGUCGUGGACCCUGCAGUUUGUCCACCCUCCCUGUGGGCCUUGGUGGAUGACGUCACAGCCCUUGGUGGCUGUGCAGCCUGGAGUAGUGCCCAGGUCUCUGCAGGCCUCCCACACAUUCUGGGGACCAUCACUUGUUUAAAUUGUGGCUUUGUGGUCCCCUGGGGCUGGACGUGGUGGGACCGCCUCCUUUUUGGGGAUCAAAGCUGUGAAAGAGGAGAAGGUUUGUUGCAGGGGGUGUGGAGAGAGGUGAACUCAGCGGCACUUCCUGGGCUUUCUUUGGGAAGCUUAGGUCUCCUUCCUGAGCCUGAGGGUUGAAUGCUGCAGGUCGUGUUCCGUGAGCGCUGGGGUUAUGUGUCAGAUGCUGUCCAGCACUCGUAUCCACAAAUGGUUUUGUUUCUGUUUGUAUAAACAGACUUAGAUGCGUCUGACUAUGGAUUUCAGUCUCCACACGUUAGACCGGUGUUUGAAACAUUCUCUGCUCACACCAUACGUGCACAUAGGAUAAGAACAUAUCAUAAAAGCCUACUCUUUGUGUGAUGGCCCCUGGCAUUUCCUUUCUGCAUUUUAUUUUUUAAUUUAUUUGACAGAUAGUUAGAGAGAAAGGUCCUCCUUCCAUUGGUUCACCCCCAAAAUAGCCGCUACGGCUGGAGCUACGCCGAUCCUAACCCAGGAGCCAGGUGCUUCCUCCCAGUCUCCCAUGCAGGUGCAGGGCCCAAGCACUUGGGCCAUCCUCCACUGCCUUCCUGGGCCACAGCAGAGAGCUGGACUGGAAGACAAGCAACUGGCACUAGAACCUGGCGCCCAUAUGGGAUGCCGGCGCUGCAGGCGGAGGAUUAACCAGACGGUCGACGACGAAGCGAUAGCAGCAUAAAUGACGGCCACGUGAGGGAGCAGAACGAUGCCCAAGGGUGGGUGUUCUAGAACACCACAGCAGGAAGACUUCGCUCUCCGCAGCGACAUGGUGGAGAAACAACCUGGGAAGAAGGAUAAAGAUAAAGUUUCCCUAAACAAGACGCCAAAGCUGGACCGCAGUGAUGGAGCCAAGGAGGUGAGAGAGCGUGCAACCAAACGGAAGCUCCCCUUCACCGUGGGGGCCAAUGGCGAGCAGAAGGACUCUGACACAGAGAAGCAGGGUCCCGAGCGGAAGAGGAUCAAGAAGGAGCCUGUCACACGCAAGGCUGGGCUGCUGUUCGGCAUGGGGCUCUCUGGGAUCCGCGCCGGCUACCCCCUCUCUGAGCGCCAGCAGGUGGCGCUCCUCAUGCAGAUGACUGCAGAGGAGUCUGCAAACAGCCCAGUUGACACGACGCCAAAGCACCCCUCCCAGUCCACGGUGUGCCAGAAGGGCACGCCCACCUCCGCCUCCAAGACCAAAGACAAAGUGAAUAAGAGAAACGAGCGUGGGGAGACGCGCCUGCACCGCGCCGCCAUCCGGGGGGACGCCCGCCGCAUCAAGGAGCUCAUCGGCGAGGGGGCGGACGUCAACGUCAAGGACUUUGCUGGCUGGACAGCGCUGCACGAGGCGUGCAACCGUGGCUACUACGACGUUGCCAAGCAGCUGCUGGCCGCAGGUGCGGAGGUGAACACCAAGGGCCUGGAUGACGACACGCCCCUGCACGAUGCCGCCAACAAUGGCCACUACAAGGUGGUGAAGCUGCUGCUGCGGUAUGGGGGGAAUCCCCAGCAGAGCAACCGGAAGGGCGAGACGCCGCUGAAGGUGGCCAGCUCCCCCACCAUGGUGAACCUGCUACUGGGCAAAGGCACCUACACCUCCAGCGAGGAGAGCUCCACGGCAGACAGCUCAGAAGAGGAGGAUGCCCCGUCCUUCGCGCCGUCCAGCUCGGUGGACGGCAACAACACGGACUCUGAGUUUGAGAAGGGCCUGAAGCACAAGGCCAAGAACCCUGAGCCCCAGAAGACGGCGACGCCCGUCAAGGACGAGUACGAGUUCGACGAGGACGACGAGCAGGACCGGGUCCCCCCCGUGGACGACAAGCACUUGCUGAAGAAGGACUACAGGAAGGAAGCCAAGGCCAACAGCUUCAUUUCCAUACCCAAGAUGGAAGUCAAAAGUUACACUAAGAACAGCACGAUCGCACCAAAGAAGGCGGCCCAUCGCAUCCUGUCGGACACGUCCGACGAGGAGGACGCGGGCCUCGCGGUGGGGCCGGGAGAGAAACUGAGGCUCGCGGCACACGCAGUGGUGCCUGCUAACAAAACACGGGAGUCUUCUAACUCCAAGCAGCAAAAAGAAAAGAACAGAGUGAAAAAGAAGCGAAAGAAAGAAACAAAAGGCAAAGAAGUUCGGUUUGGGAAAAGGAGUGACAAGUUCUGCUCGUCAGAGUCGGAGAGCGAGUCUUCAGAGAGUGAGGAAGACGACGGGGACUCGGCGGGGAGCUCCGGCGGCCUCAAGGGGUCCCCGCUGGUGCUGAAAGACCCCUCGCUGCUCAGCUCACUGUCUGCCUCCUCCGCCUCCUCCCACGGCAGCUCCGCAGCCCAGAAGCAUAACCCCAGCCACACAGACCAGCACGCCAAGCACUGGCGCACGGACAACUGGAAAACCAUUUCCUCUCCUGCCUGGUCCGAGGUGAGCUCCUUGUCAGACUCCACAAGGACGAGACUGACCAGCGAGUCUGACUACUCCUCGGAGCGCUCCAGCGUGGAGUCGCUGAAGCCCGCGAGGAAGAAGCAGGAGCACAGGAAGCGCCCCGGCCUGCCCAGCGCGCCCGAGAGGAAGAGCGCCGUCCCCAGGCUGGACAAGGACGGCAAGGUCGUCAAGAAACACAAAACCAGGCACAGGCACAGGGACAGGGGCAAAGGGGCCUGCGCCGUCAGCCAGGAGCUGAAGCUGAGAAGCCUAGCCUACGAGUACGAGGACUGCAGGCCCAAGGCCGAGAAGGCGGGGCUCCUGGACAGCGAUGGCCCUGCCGACGGCAAAGCCAGGGUGCUGAGGCACGAGCGAGACCACUUUAAGAAGGAAGAGAAACUCAGCAAAAUGAAGUCGGAAGAAAAAGAAUGGCUCUUUAAAGAUGAUAUAGUGAAGGUCUCCAAAGACGAGAAGUCGCUGAAGAGAGUGAGGGAGCUGAGCAGGUCCUUCCGAGAAGACAAGGAGCGGGCAAGCCGGGCGGAGAAGGAGAAGCCGGCCAAGGAGGAGAAGCUGCGGCCGCACAAGGAGGAGAGGAAGAAGAAGGCGAAGGAGCGGCCCUGCAAGGCCGAGAAGAAGGAGGACAGGGCCUCGAAAGACAAGGAGAAGCCCAAGAGGGAGCGAGCCCCGCGCGAAGACUGCGCCUUCGACGACUACUGCGCCAAGGGCCCGUUCCUGGAGAACGAGGACAGCAAGUUCAGCCUCUCCGACGACCAGCACGAGAGGUGGUUCUCGGACCUGUCCGACUCCACCUUCGACUUGAGAGGGGAGGACAGCUGGGACUCUCCGGGGACGGACUACAGGGACAUGAAGGGGGACCCCGUGGCCAAGCUGAUCCUGGAGCCCGUGAAGGACGACAGCAAGGAGAGGAAGCGGGACGCCAAGGCCCGCGAGAAGCCCCGCGACCUGAGGGACGCCUUCUUCCGGAAGAGAGACCGGGACUAUCUGGACAAGAGCGCCGAGAAGAGGAAAGAGCAGGCCGAGAAGCACAGGGGGCUCCCCGGCUACCUUGCGGAGAAGGACAAGAAGAGGAGGGAGCUCGCAGACGGGGCCCGGGAGCGGAAGCGGCCCGAGGAGGCGCACCGAGAGGACGGGAGGGAGCACGGCGUCGGCGAGGGCCUGGAGCCCUGGGAGAGGCACCAUCCUGCCCGCGAGCGGGAGAAGAGGGAGGGCCCCGAGAAGGAGAGGAAGGAGAAGGCGAAGGCCGACAAGUACAAGGAGAAGGCCGGCGACAGAGACAGGGGCGACAGGCCGGCCCUGGACAAGUGUCCCAAGGACAAGGAGUUCGACAAGAGUGUCAAAGACAAGAAAGACACCAAGGAGAAGCACAAGGACACGCACGGCAAAGACAAGGAGAGGAAGGCGUCCCUGGAGCAGGGGCGGGAGCGGAAGGAGAGGCCGUUCCCCGGCUCGGCCCCCGAAGACCUGCCCGAGCGGAAGGGCAAGGAGAGGAGCUGGUACAUGGCCGACAUCUUCACGGACGAGAGUGAGGACGAGAAGGAGGGCCUUGGGGACGGGCUCCAGGACCGCGAGGACGGCCGGGAGCCGCACCCCCCAGACAGACACAGGAAGCCCCCCGCAGACAGGCCGCACGCCGAGAAGCCCAAAGACAAGGACCCCAGGGACAAGAGGAAGGACGGCGGCAAGGAGCGGAAGGAGAAGCCCCUGGAGAAAGGCAGGGAGAAGCGGGAGAAGGAGGCCGCGGACAGGGCCAGGGACCGGCGCGAGCGGCCCGCUGGCGACGCCGCCUCGGAUAGGAGGAGCAAGCAGAAGCUGCCCGACAGGGCGGACAGGAGGCACUGCUCCGAAGACAAGGCCAAAGGCAAGCACCGGGAAAAGGCGGACAGGGAGCACGCCAGGGACCGGAAGUCGGCCCGGGGCGCGGACUCCGAGCGUAGCCUGCUGGAGAAGCUGGAGGAGGAGGCCCUGCACGAGUGCCGCGAGGACGGCGCUGACCGCGUGAGCGAGGCCUCGGCCGACAGCUUCGCCGAGCGCGGCCAGGACCCCGGCCUGAGCGCCCUCCUCGAGCUGUCCUUUCCGGAGCCGCCGGCCGACGACAAGGCCAAGGAAGCCUGCGGCCUGCCCGAGCGGCUGAGGGAGAAGGAGCGGCACAGGCACUCCUCGUCCUCGUCCAAGAAGAGCCACGACCGCGAGCGAGCCAAGAAGGAGAAGGCCGAGAAGAAGGAGCGCAGCGAGGACCGGCAGGGCUGCGGUCAGGGCGAGAAGGAGCUGCUGGGCGCCGACCCCUGCGGCCCUCCCUACGGCCUGGGCGCCGAGGCGGAGGACGCGCUGGAGCGGACCAUGGACUUGCUCUCCGCCGAGAAGAGAGACAGAAACGACCCCGAGCGCGAGCCUGCCAAGAGGGCCGAGAAAGAGCUCAAGCCGUACGGGUCCAGCGCCCUCAGCAUCUUGAAGGAGAAGAAGAGGAGAGAGAGACACAGGGAGAAGUGGCGCGAGGAGAGGGACAAGCACAGGGACCGCCACGCCAGGGACAAGGACAACCCCCCGGGCGCCUUCAAGGACAAGGCCAGGGACGAGGGCCUGAGGCCGGGUGAGGCCCGAGUGAAGGAGAAGCAGGACCGGGGCGACGCGGGGAAGCUGGGCGCCGGGAGCGAGAAGCCGCCGCCCCUGCCGCCGCCCCCGCCGCCCCGGGACGUGGGCAGGAAGGACGCCCGGCCACGCGAGAAGCUGCUGGGGGAUGGCGACCUCAUGAUGACGAGCUUCGAGAGGAUGCUGUCCCAGAAGGACCUGGAGGUGGAGGAGCGGCACAAGCGGCACAAGGAGCGCAUGAAGCAGAUGGAGAAGAUGCGGCACCGCUCGGGGGACCCCAGGCUCAAGGAGAAGGCCAAGGCCGCCGACGAGGGGCGCAAGAAGGGCCUCGACCUCCCCCUGAAGAAGCCGCUGGGCCCCGAGCCCCCCUGCAGAGACCGGAAGCUCAAGGAGGCGGCGCCCACUCCACCCGCCGCCGAGAGCAAGCUGCACGGGGGGCCGGGCGCCGAACCCAAAGACUGGCUCGCCGGGCCUCCCGUGAAGGAGGGGCUGCCCGCCUCCCCCAGGCCCGACCAGGGCCGGCCGACCGGGGUGCCCACGCCCACCUCGGUGGUGUCCUGCCCCAGCUACGAGGAGGUGAUGCACACGCCCAGGACCCCGUCCUGCUCGGCCGAGGACUACACCGACCUGGUGUUCGACUGCGCCGACUCCCAGCACUCGAUGGCCGUCUCCGCCACCUCCACAAACGCCUGCUCCCCCUCGUUUUUUGACAGAUUCUCCGUAGCCUCGAGUGGGCUCCCGGAAAACCCGAGCCAGACUCCCACGAGGCCUCUCUCCACAAACCUGUAUCGCUCCGUGUCCGUGGACGUCAGGAGGACCCCCGAGGAGGAGUUCAGUGUUGGGGACAAGCUGUUCCGGCAGCAGAGUGUCCCCGCGGCCUCCAGCUACAACUCCCCAGUGCAGCACCUGCUGGAAGACAAGGGGCCCCUGCCGGCUGUCCCCACGGACAAGUUUGCCUGCCUGUCCCCAGGCUACUACUCCCCGGACUAUGGCCUCCCCUCGCCCAAGGCCGAGGCCUUGCACUGCCCUCCUGCAGCCGUGGUCAGCGUCACCCCCUCCCCUGAGGGCGUCUUCUCCAGUUUACAGGCCAAAUCCUCCCCUUCUCCCAGAGGCGAACUGCUGGCCCCUCCUAUCGAAGGGUCGCUGGCUCCUGACCUGGGCCUUCCUCUGGAUGCCACCGAGGACCAGCAAGCCACCGCCGCCAUCAUCCCCCCAGAGCCCAGCUACCUGGAGCCCCUGGACGAGGGCCCGUUCAGUGCCGUCAUCACCGAGGAGCCUGUUGAGUGGGCCCACCCUGCGGCUGAGCAGGCCCUGUCCUCCGAAAACCCCGUCAGCUGGCCUGUGGGCUCGGAACUGCUGCUGAAGUCACCUCAGAGGUUCCCAGAGUCCCCGGGGCAUUUCUGCCCUGCAGAGCCCCUCCCCACUGCUGCCCCUGGACCCUUGGGUGCCUCCGAAACCUCGUACCCCGUCUCUCCUGUUUCCUACCCUUUGCCAGUUCCCGAGCCGGGGCUGGAGGAAGCCAAAGACCAUGGGGUGGAGACACUGCCGGUCGCUGUCGCCACAGCCGAGGAGGCCACGCCCUGUGCACCGCCUGCGAGGCUGGGGCCCUUCUUCAGCAACUGCACCUCACUUCCGGAAGCGCCCCUGGCCGUGGAGCCUGAGCCUCCGUGUAUGACCACCGUGGCUCCGGUGGAGCCUCUGGGAGCCUUGGAAAACACUUUCCUGGACAGCAGCCAGAACCUGCCUGCCCUCGCCCAGGUGGAGCCGGUGGCCUGGCCGGACGCCUUCCCCACCUCUGAGGACGACCUAGACCUAGGCCCCUUCUCGCUGCCAGAGCUCCCUCUGCAGGCCAAGGACGUCCCCGAUGUCGAGGCCGAGCCCGUAGAAGCGGCUCUCGGUCCGCCAGAGAAGGUUCCUCCUGGGGCCCCUGUGGCCGCGGAUGGUGGGGACGUCCCCUCCUUGCCUGCCGAGGAGCAGCCGGCGCCGCCCCCGGACCAGCCCUGCAGCCGGCCGGCCAGCGAGCACGAGAGCUCCGAGGCGCCGAGGGUGGAGCUGCCUGUAGAAGGCGCGGUGGAAGCAGGGACCGUGGCAGACGAGAGGGGCCCCGAGGCAUCCGACUCCAGCUCGGCGCCUGCGGCCACUGGACAACAACCCCUGGCGGGCAAGGACGAAGAGACCGAGGCCACCGACCACUCUGCCGCCUCUCAGUGCCCACCUGAUGGCCCCACCGUGGACAGCUCGACGCAGAGCUCGACACAGCCGAAGGCCGUGGACAGUGCUGGCCGGGACGAGGAAGAGGCCGUGCCUGCCCACGCCCCAGCCCUGGCCGAGAACCUCCCAGGCGGCCUGCAGUCGGAGGCCACGGAGCCGGAGCCCAAGCCUCCAGCCGAAGCACCCCGAGUCCCCAAGGUGGAGGAGAUCCCUCAACGCAUGACCAGGAACCGAGCCCAGAUGCUGGCCAGUCAGAGCAAGCAGAGCACGCCCCCUGCUGAGAGGGAGGCCCCGCCCACCCCUGCCCCCAGGGCCAAGGCCCGGGGCUCGGAGGAGGAGGACGCCCAGUCCCAGCACCCCCGAAAGCGCCGCUUCCAGCGCUCUAGCCAGCAGCUGCAGCAGCUGCACACGUCCACGCAGCAGACGCGGGAGGUCAUCCAGCAGACGCUGGCCGCCAUUGUGGACGCCAUCAAGCUGGACGCCAUCGAGCCCUACCACAGCGACAGGUCCAACCCCUACUUUGAGUACCUGCAGAUCAGGAAGAAGAUCGAGGAGAAGCGGAAGAUCCUGUGCUUCAUCCCGCCCCAGGCGCCCCAGUGCUACGCCGAGUACGUCACCUACACUGGCUCCUACCUGCUGGACGGCAAGCCCCUCAGCAAACUGCACAUCCCUGUGAUCGCGCCCCCUCCCUCCCUGGCAGAGCCCCUGAAGGAGCUGUUCAAGCAGCAGGAGGCGGUGCGGGGGAAGCUGCGUCUGCAGCACAGCAUCGAGCGGGAGAAGCUGAUCGUGUCCUGUGAGCAGGAGAUCCUGCGGGUGCACUGCCGGGCCGCCAGGACCAUCGCCAACCAGGCAGUCCCGUUCAGCGCCUGCACCAUGCUGCUGGACUCGGAGGUCUACAACAUGCCUCUGGAGAGCCAGGGGGACGAGAACAAGUCGGUGCGGGACCGCUUCAACGCCCGCCAGUUCAUCUCCUGGCUGCAGGACGUGGAUGACAAGUACGACCGCAUGAAGACGUGCCUGCUGAUGCGCCAGCAGCACGAGGCUGCCGCCCUGAACGCCGUGCAGCGGAUGGAGUGGCAGCUGAAGGUGCAGGAGCUGGACCCCGCCGGGCACAAGUCCCUGUGUGUGAACGAGGUGCCCUCCUUCUACGUGCCCAUGGUCGACGUCAAUGACGACUUCGUGCUGCUGCCAGCGUGACGCCCACGGGAGCUGCGUGUGUCUGCCCAGUGCUGCUGACAAGCCCGGCAGGGGAGGGAGAGACCACCUCGGCCAUGGCCUCUGCCCCGUCCAGACUGGCCCUGAGGCCAGGAGGCAGGCCCCAUCUCCUUAUACCAGCUAUGCGGGAGGAGGCGGCCUCACCAGCCCAGGCAGGAGAUGGCGCCGUGGCGCCCACGGCGGACCGGGCUUCGGGCCCUGUCCCGCCCGCUGCAGAGGCAAGAGGGGCAGAGCAGCGUGUCCUGGACUUCCUGUCCACUCUGAUCGGUUCAGUUGGACGGAGGGGUCCAGCUCUCCAGAGACCUCCAGGUCGGGGUGGGGGCAGGAGGGCACCACCAGGCCUCAGGGCAGGCUGAGGACGCUGGGACACGGAGCCGGGACUCUCCCAUAGUGUUUUUAAUGGAGUCAAAUCCACGUGGUUUGUAUAUUUUUUUCCUUUAAUCUUGGGCAUUUUGUUUCUCUUUCUGAGAACAUAACUUGAAACACUACAGAGCCAAUAAUCAUAUAAAAAGUGUAUCCGUAACGCUGUACAGUUUUAUAUACAUUCACAAUGUACUUUUGCUGCCUUCUAGAUAAUUUAUUUUGCAACACAUCACUGCACAGUUGUAAAUAACUUAUGUAACAUCACUCAGUUACGUGUAAAGACAGAAAUAAAUUAAUUAAAAUGCUCUUUGUACAUCA